CCCCCCCCCCCCCACCCCCCGGUCCCCGCCAUGCCGAGCCGCUCCUAAGCUCGCAGCCCCGCCGCGGCCGCCCCGUCGAAGUUUUGGGGAAGGGGGUCCCGGGGGGGUGGUGGCGGCGGCGGCGGCGGCGGCGGGGGGGCGGUGAGAGGCGGCGCGGCCGCAUGCCCCGCCGCGGAUCCCCGGCGCUCGGCGCGACCAGGUCCUGCUAGCAAGUCAUGAUGGUUGAAUCCGCCUCGGAGACGAUACGGUCCACUCCCUCCAGCCAAAACGGAGUCAGCAGCCUCAGCAACCAGCCCGAUGGCGGCGGGGGCGGCGCGGGGGGCGGCGGAGGGGGCGGCGGGCGCGAAGGAGCCGCCAGCGGGGAGACCAACGGCGAGAUGAGCCCCGUGGAGCUCCUGCACUUCCAGCAGCAGCAGGCUCUCCAGGUGGCACGCCAGUUCCUGCUGCAGCAGGCCACGGGGCUGAGCUCCCCCAGCAGCAACGAGGGCAAGCAGCCGGCGGUGCAGGUCCCCGUGUCCGUGGCCAUGAUGUCCCCGCAGAUGAUCACGCCGCAGCAAAUGCAGCAGAUCCUCUCGCCGCCCCAGCUCCAGGCCCUCCUGCAGCAGCAGCAGGCCAUAAUGCUGCAACAGUUGCAGGAAUACUACAAGAAGCAACAGGAGCAGCUUCACCUGCAGCUAUUGACGCAGCAGCAAGCCGGAAAGCAGCAACCCAAAGAGCCGUUAGGGAACAAGCAGCUGGCCUUCCAGCAGCAGCUCCUGCAGAUGCAGCAGCUCCAGCAGCAGCACCUGUUAAACCUGCAGCGCCAGGGGCUGGUCAGCCUCCCGCCAGGACAGGGCACCGUGCCCCUCCAGACCCUGCCCCAAGCUGUGUGCCCCUCGGACCUCCAGCAGCUCUGGAAGGAGGUCACAGCCGCCCAGCCCGUUGAGGACAGCAUUAAGCAAGAAGGUCUCGACCUCACCACCAACACCUCCAACUCUACCUCGUUUUCGGCCGCCAAGGUCUCGCCUCCCAUUUCCCAUCACCCUCUGCCCAAUGGACAGAGCACCAUGCACACGCCGAGAAGGGACAGCUCUUCCCAUGAAGAGACCCCCAGCUCCCACCCGCUCUACGGCCACGGAGAGUGCAAGUGGCCUGGCUGCGAAACCCUCUGUGAGGACUUGGGACAGUUUGUCAAACACCUCAAUACAGAACAUGCACUUGACGACCGAAGCACGGCCCAGUGUCGAGUCCAGAUGCAAGUGGUACAGCAGCUGGAAAUACAGCUGGCAAAGGAGAGCGAGCGUCUCCAAGCAAUGAUGGCCCAUCUUCACAUGAGACCUUCAGAGCCAAAGCCUUUCAGCCAACCUGUAAGCCUGAACCUGGUCUCCAGUGCCACCCUCUCCAAGAGCACUUCCGACACGUUCCCCGAUGGCUUACCUCAUCCCCCCACCUCCGCCACGGCGCCCAUCACCCCCCUGCGGCAGGGCCCUUCCGUCAUCAGCUCUUCCACUUUACACAACGUGGGGCCCAUCCGCAGGAGAAACUCGGAGAAGUUCUGCACCCCAAUAUCUUCAGAACUUGCACAGAAUCACGAGUUUUACAAAAACGCGGACGUCCGGCCGCCCUUCACGUAUGCCUCACUCAUCCGGCAGGCCAUCCUGGAGACCCCCGACAGGCAGCUAACCUUGAACGAAAUCUAUAACUGGUUCACGCGGAUGUUUGCCUACUUCCGGAGGAACACGGCCACUUGGAAGAACGCCGUCCGCCACAACCUGAGCCUGCACAAGUGCUUCGUGCGCGUGGAGAACGUCAAGGGAGCCGUCUGGACCGUCGACGAGCACGAGUACCAAAAGCGAAGGCCACCAAAGAUGACAGGGAGUCCAACUUUAGUCAAAAACAUGAUUUCAGGACUCGGUUACGGAGCACUUAAUGCAAGUUACCAGGCUGCGCUGGCAGAGAGCAGCUUCCCGCUGCUGAACAGCCCCACCAUGAUCAACACCAGCUCCGCCGGCGGCAUGCUGCACGUGGGCCACGACGAUGUCAGCAGCACCGUGGAGCAGGUCAACAGCAACGGCAGCAACAGCCCGCGCCUGUCCCCGCAGCAGUACAGCCAUCCAGUGCACGUGAAGGAGGAACCCGCCGAGGCAGAGGACGACAGUAGACCCGUCUCGCUGAUGGCCACCACCAACCAGAAUGUGACGAUUCCAGACGACAGGGACCUGGAGGAGGAGCUGCCGGUGGAAGACUUGUCCUAAGGACCCCUUCCUCCUCC